CCCACCACCACGCCUGGCUAAUUUUUGUAUUUUUAAUAGAAGUGAGGUUUCAACAUGUUGGCCAGGCUGGUCUCGAACUCCUGACCUCAAGUUAUCCACCUGCCUUGGCCUCCCAAAGUGCUGGGAUUACAAGCAUGAGUCACCGUGCCCGGCCUGUUUAGAACCUCUUUAAAAAAAUUAUUCUUCAACUCCACAUCCUUCUUCAACCAAAGAGUCUAUUGUGUUCACCAGUGUAUUAAGUGUGUCUAUGUCAAGCUACUCAGUCCCCCAGAAUAUGUUUCUUACCUGGACUGUUCACCAGCUGUGGUCUUGCUCUGGGUAGUUCUAGGUCUGGGUCUCCUGGGGAGAGUGACUCAGGCUCUAAUGAUUGCAACAAAACAUACACCAAGGAACAGGAGGAGGGGUAAAGGAACUGAAACCAGCUGGGUAGCAGGAAAUAGGAAGUCAGAGCUUCUUCUGAUUUUUGAUGGCCCCAAGAAUACACCAAUAUACUGUCUGUUUUAAUGGCAUUAGGACAGUGGGCUGGGCCUGUUUAGAAACUCAUGUACCUGACUGUAUUUCUCAGCCUCAGUCUCUGUGGGAUGCAGAGGUUCGGUGCUCUCAACAUCAAGGGCCAAGAAAUCCAAGUGUCCGGGCCCCUGCUCCCUCCAAGGGUCAAGGUAAAGAAAGCAGCAAGCACUGUGGUGAGAAGAAUCAGAGGGAAGCAAUGAAAGGAAGAGAAGAAGUCGUGAGGGAUGGAGACCAGAAACACAGAGAGAGGUGGUCCGCAGAGCCCAUGUCUGAUUGAUCUCUAUGUCUCCAGCAGCCAGCAAGGAAGCACCUCUUUAGAGACCUGCACCUAUACAAUACCUACCACCUUUUAUUUCUCGAUAUGUGAACUCCAUUGAGAACAAACGAGUAAAUGUGCUGCUGGCAAGAUGGAAACCAACUUCUCCACUCCUCUGAAUGAAUAUGAAGAAGGGUCCUAUGAGUCUGCUGGCUACACUGUUCUGCGGAUCCUCCCAUUGGUGGUGCUUGGGGUCACCUUUGUCCUCGGGGUCCUGGGCAAUGGGCUUGUGAUCUGGGUGGCUGGAUUCCGGAUGACACGCACAGUCACCACCAUCUGUUACCUGAACCUGGCCCUGGCUGACUUUUCUUUCACAGCCACAUUACCAUUCCUCAUUGUCUCCAUGGCCAUGGGAGAAAAAUGGCCUUUUGGCUGGUUCCUGUGUAAGUUAAUUCACAUGGUGGACAUCAACCUCUUUGGAAGUGUCUUCUUGAUUGGUUUCAUUGCACUGGACCGCUGCAUUUGUGUCCUGCAUCCAGUCUGGGCCCAGAACCACCGCACUGUGAGUCUGGCCAUGAAGGUGAUUGUCGGACCUUGGAUUCUUGCUCUAGUCCUUACCUUGCCAGUUUUCCUCUUUUUGACUACAGUAACUAUUCCAAAUGGGGACACAUACUGUACUUUCAACUUUGCAUCCUGGGGUGGCACCCCUGAGGAGAGGCAGAAGGUGGCCAUUACCAUGCUGACAGCCAGAGGGAUUAUCCGGUUUGUCAUUGGCUUUAGCUUACCGAUGUCCAUUGUUGCCAUCUGCUAUGGGCUCAUUGCAGCCAAGAUCCACAAAAAGGGCAUGAUUAAAUCCAGCCGUCCCUUACGGGUCCUCACUGCUGUGGUGGCUUCUUUCUUCAUCUGUUGGUUUCCCUUUCAACUGGUUGCCCUUCUGGGCACCGUCUGGCUGAAAGAGAUGUUGUUCUAUGGCAAGUACAAAAUCAUUGACAUCCUGGUUAACCCAACGAGCUCCCUGGCCUUCUUCAACAGCUGCCUCAACCCCAUGCUUUACGUCUUUGUGGGCCAAGACUUCCGAGAGAGACUGAUCCACUCCCUGCCCACCAGUCUGGAGAGGGCCCUGUCUGAGGACUCAGCCCCAACUAAUGACACGGCUGCCAAUUCUGCUUCACCUCCUGCAGAGACUGAGUUACAGGCAAUGUGAGGAUGGGGUCAGGGAUAUUUUGAGUUCUGUUCAUCCUACCCUAAUGCCAGUUCCAGCUUCACCUACCCUUGAGUCAUAUUGAGGCAUUCAAGGAUGCACAGCUCAAGUAUUUAUUCAGGAAAAAUGCUUUUGUGUCCCUGAUUUGGGGCUAAGAAAUAGACAGUCAGGCUACUAUAAUAUUAGUGUUUGUUAUUUUUUGUUUUUUGACUUCUACCUAUACCCUGGGGUAAGUGGAGUUGGGAAAUAUAAGAAGAGAAAGACUGGCGGGGAUUUGUAAGACUUAGAUGAGAUAGCGCAUAAUAAGGGGAAGACUUUAAAGUAUAAAGUAAAAUGUUUGCUGUAGGUGUUUUAUAGCUAUUAAAACAAAUCAGAUUAUGGAAGUUUUCUUCUAUUUUUAGUUUGCUAAGAGUUUUCUGUUUCUUUUUCUUACAUCAUGAGUGGACUUUGCAUUUUAUCAAAUGCAUUUUCUACAUGUAUUAAGAUGGUCGUAUUAUUCUUCUUCUUUUAUGUAAAUCAUUAUAAAUAAUGUUCAUUAAGUUCUGAAUGUUAAACUACUCUUGAAUUCCUGGAAUAAACCACACUUAGUCCUGAUGUACUUUAAAUAUUUAUAUCUCACAAGAGUUGGUUAGAAUUUCUGUGUUUAUGUUUAUAUACUGUUAUUUCACUUUUUCUACUAUCCUUGCUAAGUUUUCAUAGAAAAUAAGGAACAAAGAGAAACUUGUAAUGGUCUCAGAAAAGGAAUUGAGAAGUAAUUCCUCUGAUUCUGUUUUCUGGUGUUAUAUCUUUAUUAAAUAUUCAGAAAAAUUCACCAGUGAA